AGUGUAAGGGGAUGAGUAACUGGCUGAACCUGCUGGGCAGUCAUGAUAAUCACUACAACAACAUGUUGAAGAUGUACUCCAACUGCAGCGUGGUUCUGGAGAACCUGGAGAUCACCUACACCCUGGAGCACCACGACCUGUCCUUCCUGAAGUCCAUCCAGGAAGUGGGCGGCUACGUGCUGAUCGCCAUGAACGAGGCGCCCGUGGUCCCGCUGCUCAACCUGCGGCUGAUCCGGGGUCAGACUCUGUACGACGGACGCUUCGCCCUGCUGGUGCUGUCCAACUACAAGGACAACUCGUCUGCCAGCGUCAGCAGCGGGCUGAGACAGCUGCUGCUCAGCAACAUGACCGGUGAGAAGUGUGACCCUGGAUGUUUGAACGGGUCGUGUUGGGCAGCCGGACCAGACCACUGCCAGAAAUUCACCAAGCUGCUGUGUGCCAAGCAGUGUGACAGCAGGUGUCAUGGACCCAACCCUGGAGACUGCUGCGACAAACACUGUGCCGCCGGCUGCACCGGACCCCACGAUACCGACUGCCUGGCCUGCAGGGGUUUUAACGAUGAUGGAACCUGUAAAGAGGCCUGUCCUCCCAAAAUUAUCUACGACAAAAACACCCAGAUGAUCAUCAACAACCCCAACGCCAAGUACACCUAUGGAGCCAUGUGUGUGAAGGCCUGCCCCAAUAAUUACGUGGUGACAGAGGGCUCCUGCGUUCGCUCCUGCAACCCCGGAUCGUACGAGGUGCCGGAGAACGGAGUCCAGGUCUGCAAACCGUGUGAAGGACCCUGUCCCAAAGUCUGUGACGGGAUCGGGAUCAAUUCUCUGACCAACAGCAUAGCUGUCAACGCCUCCAACAUCGAGUCCUUCAGGAACUGCACCAAGAUCAACGGGAACGUCAUCUUCAUCCAGCCCUCCUUCGAUGGGGACCCACACUUUCACAUCCCACCCAUGGACCCUGAGAAACUGGAGAACUUCAGGGCCGUGAAGGAAAUCACAGGGUACCUGAUGAUCGGCGCCUGGGCCCAGAACCUYACGUCUCUGUCAGUGUUUGAAAACCUGGAAAAGAUCCGAGGAAGAUCAGUAGCUUCAGGUCAGUACAGUCUGGUGAUAGUGAAGGUGAAACACCUGCAGUGGCUCGGCCUGCGCUCCCUGACGGAGGUGAGCGCGGGGAACGUCCUGCUGAAGGAGAACGUGAACCUGUGCUACGCCGAGACCGUGAAGUGGCCCCGCCUCUUCAGAGACAAAGGCCAGACCAACAAAUCUAUCAACAGCUCCUGCAAGAGGCAGGAUCUGAUCUGUGACCCCGAGUGUUCAGAGGAUGGCUGCUGGGGUCCGGGGCCCACCAUGUGUGUGUCCUGUCGACACUUUGACCGCAGGGGGCGCUGUGUGGAGCGAUGUCACCUGCUGCGGGGUGAGCCCAGAGAGGUGGAGGUCGACGGUCGUUGUGUCGAGUGUCACUCGGAGUGUUUGACAGAGACCGGUAUCCCGACCUGCCACGGUCCGGGUCCAGGUAACUGUUCCAGGUGUACCCACUUCAAAGAUGGCCCCCGGUGCGUGUCUCUUUGUCCUCACGGUGUCCCGGAGGACGAAAACACGCUGAUCUGGAAAUACGCAGACGAGUCGGGCCAGUGCCAGCUGUGCCAUCAGAACUGCUCCGACGGGUGUUCUGGUCCUGGACUGUCUGAAUGUUGGGGACAAACGACACACUCCUUGUUGGCGGUGGGCGUGGUCAGCGGACUCCUGGUCGCCGUCAUUGUGUUGUUGCUCAUCCUUCUGUUUCUACGGCGACAGCAAAUCAAGAGGAAGAGGAUUAUACGCCGCAAGAUGCAGGAYACGGAGCUGGAACCCAUGACCCCGAGCGGUCAGGCUCCAAACCAAGCACACCUGUGGAUCCUGAAGGAGAUGGAGCUGAAGAAGGACAGGGUCCUCGGUUCCGGUGCCUUUGGGACUGUCUAUAAAGGUUUUUGGUACCCUGAAGGAGAGAACGUGAGGAUCGCCGUCGCCAUCAAAGUCCUCAGAGAGGCCACGUCGCCCAAAGCCAACCAGGAAGUCCUGGACGAGGCCUACGUGAUGGCGAGCGUGAACCAUCCUCACGUGUGUCGCCUGCUGGGGAUCUGCCUGACCUCGUCCGUGCAGCUGGUCACUCAGCUGAUGCCGUACGGCUGUUUGCUGGACUACGUCCAACACCACAAGGAUCGGAUCUGUGCUCAGUGGCUCCUCAACUGGUGCGUUCAGAUCGCCAAGGGGAUGAACUACCUGGAGGAGCAUCACCUGGUCCACAGAGACCUGGCGGCGAGGAACGUCCUGCUGAAAAAUCCGAACCACGUCAAAAUCGCCGACUUCGGUCUCGCCAAACUUCUGACGGCCGACGAGAAGGAAUAUCACUCUGAAGGAGGGAAGGUUCCCAUCAAGUGGAUGGCUCUGGAGUCCAUCCUUCGGUUCACCUUCACCCAUCAGAGCGACGUCUGGAGCUACGGCGUGACGGUCUGGGAGCUGAUGACGUUCGGCUCCAAACCGUACGACGGCAUCCCGGCCAUCGAGAUCGCCUCCAGGCUGGAGAACGGGGAGCGUCUGCCUCAGCCCCUCAACUGCACCAUCGAAGUCUACAUGAUCAUGGUCAAAUGUUGGAUGAUCAAACCGUCCAGUCGGCCUCGCUUCAGGGAGCUGGUGGCAGAGUUCUCUCAGAUGGCCCGCGACCCGUCCAGAUACCUGGUCACACAGGGGGACCUCCCGAGUCCAUCAGACAGCAGGUUUUACUCCCGCCUGUUGAGCUCGGACUACACCGAGGACCUCAUCGAUGCCGACGAAUACCUGCUGCCGCACAAAGACCAGCGUAAUCAUGGCAGCCAGCCCUGCAGCACCAUGAACGGACUUCCUGUCAGAGAAAACAGCAUCGUCCUCCGAUACAUCGCAGACCCCACUCAUGGCCCUCUGGAUAAAGAAGACUUCUCCUACCACGAUUUUAGUUUUGUUUUGAUGCUUUUUAGCAUCUGGACCAUUAAUUUUAUAAAUAAUAAAAUACAAAUUAAAUAGUUAUUAGAACAAACUUCUGAGACAUUUUUCAUGGUUUUAGUUAAACAUUUAUUAAUCAGUUCCUGUCCUCUAAUCCUAACAGGGUUUGUUCAUGUUUAAUGGAUCUUUGUUGCCUCUGGUCUUAAUGACAGAUUCUGCUGUAUUUAUGUUAUUUAUUAGUUUCUGUUUGUUUAAUUGUUCUAAUUAUAAAAAGGAAAUCAGUUGUUGUCAACAUAAACCUUCAUUUCAGUCUGAAUGUCCUGAGGAAAACCUUCAGUUUGACUUGAGAAACAGACUCUUUGUUUUUAUAGAAGCUUGAAUUUUGACCUAAAUGUUUAAAAAAAGAAAAAGUUUUUGAUGUUUUUCUUUUUUACGUGAGCAGAAUGAGCCGACGUCCCGCUGCUCCUGUCUGUCUGUGGAAAUGUUCUGUAUCUGCUGCUUGUUGUGUUUAAUAUAUUUAUUACCUCUGCAUAUUUAUACGGCUCUGUGUAACACUUUGUUCUGAUGAAAACUACACAUCUGGAACGUUUCGGAACAAUCAACUAAAGAUAAAAAGUUUCAUCAGUGAAGACGAGUUCUGAUCUGAGUCCAAACAAUAAAUGCACCGUCGUGUCUCACGGGUCACUGUUCACCCGAAGAGUUUCACCCAAUUUAACACAAAACAUAAAAACCAUGUAAAUAACCUGGAAAAAUACACUGAAAUUAAACUAAGAAAAUAACUUAUUUAGUGUUAACUUUUUAUUCAACGUUAAACUUUUCAUAAAGAUCACUUUGUGUUUCACUGCACUAAAUAUUUGUAAUGUUUUUGGAAUUUAAAACACUGUGAAAUUUUAAUUGGCUUCAUUUUAAUUUAACAAACAGAGAAAAGUAGAAAAUGUCAACAUUUACAGUCAGAAAAUAAAAUUUGCACUGAAAAAACAGAUUGUUUAAUUCAAAUAAUGUCUGACUGGAGAAACUUUUCUCAACAGAUUGUACAAAUAAACUGAUCUAAAUUAAAAUAAAAUAUUAAUGUUUUCCUUC